GUUUAGUGCGCGUGAUUGUACAGUUGUUUUUCUUUUCCAUUCGCAACGAUGGGUCUGUUUGGCAAAUCACAGGACCGCAAUCCGAAAGAUAUGGUGCAGGAAUGGUCGUCAAAGCUGCGCAAGGAAUCGUUCGCACUCGACCGCCAGGUACGGUCCAUCCAGCGAGAGGAGGACAAAAUCAAACGGUCGCUGAAGGAGGCGGCGAAAAAGAACGACAAGGAAGUGUGCACGAUACUGGCCAAGGAGCUGAUUCGAUCGCGCAAAGCGAUCAACAAAAUCUACACCAGCAAGGCGCACAUCAACUCGGUGCAGCUGCAGAUGAAGAACCAGAUGGCGACCGUGCGGGUGGCCGGCUCCCUGGCCAAGUCGACCGAGGUGAUGCAGGCGAUGCAGGCGCUCGUGAAGCUGCCGGAGGUGGCCGCCUCGAUGCGCGAAAUGUCGAAGGAAAUGAUGAAGGCCGGCAUCAUCGAGGAGAUGAUCGACGAAACGAUGGAAUCGCUCGAGGACGUCGAGGAGAUGGAGGAGGAAGCGCAGAAGGAGAUCGAUCACGUGCUGUGGGAAAUUACGGCGGGCAAGCUGGGCGAGGCACCGGCCACCCCGCUCGCUAACCCGACCAAGGACGAACCGUCGACGUCGCGCGCCGAAGCGGAGGACGCGGACGAGGAGGACGAUAUGAAGGAAAUGCAGAACCGAUUGCAGGCGCUGCGUUCGUGAAGAGGGCCGGGGUUUGCACAUGGCACACAUCGGCGGGUGCUUUUGCUUAACACACCUAACCCCCACCCUUACCUACACCUUAAAUACACUGUCCCGUGCGCGUUACGAUGUUUUGUCUAGGUAUUUGCCCGUAAAGAAUGGUGCGAUUUAAUGAAGAGUAAGAACCACUAUCCUGUAAGGACCUUCUUCCCCGUUUGAUGAACGUUACAAAAUAAAAUAUAAUUUAUCUUA